AUGGAUAAUCCUGUGGACGAGAAGACGGCGUCGGAAGGACAAUCUGCCAUGGAUGUGUCCUCCGAAGAGAAAGGAUCGGCGGAACAGUCUACCCCCGAGACAAAAUCCAAGAAGCCCCUCUCUUUCCAUCUGGCCUUCCUGGGCCUGCUGUUCAUGGUGUUCAUCGUGUCGCUGGACACGACCACCCUGGCGGUGGCCAUCCCCAUCAUCGCCCGCGAUCUCGGAGGCACAACCCUGCAGUCCUUCUGGGCCAGCACCUGCUUUAUGCUGGCCGUGUCCGUCGUGCAGCCCCUCUACUUGAGCGGCUCAGACGUACUCGGGCGCAAGAUCCCGCUGUACACCGCAUACUCUCUUUUCAUCGUCGGCUCGCUCGUCUUCGCCCUGGCCCCGAACAUGGCCACUGUUAUUGUCGGCCGCACUAUUCAAGGGCUCGGGGGCAGCGGCCUUGACGUGCUAAACGAGGUUAUCACCGCUGACAUGACCACUAUGAAAGAGCGCCCCAAGUAUCUCGGUCUGCUGGCUAUCCCCAUGGCUGGCGGCGCCCUGCUCGGCCCCAUUAUCGGCUCACUCUUCACUCAGUACGUUACCUGGCGCUGGAUCGGCUGGAUCAAUCUGCCUCUCAUCGGCGCGAGCUUCAUUCUUACCUUCUUCUUCCUGCGCCUGCGCCCCGUCGAGGGCACAUUCCUCCAGAAACUUGGUCUCCUGGACCUGCUCGGCAUGGGCCUGUUCGUGGCUGGCUGCGCCACCUUCGUCCUCCCGCUCAGCUGGGCUGGGGCUCUCUACUCCUGGGGCUCCUGGCGGACUCUCCUCCCGCUGAUCCUCGGUUUGGUCGUCCUGGCCCUCUUCGUCGUCUACGAGCGUGUUCCCGCGCAGCCCGUCCUGCCCUACCGGCUCUUCAAAUCCGCCACCGCCAUCACCACCUUUCUCGGUGGCUUCCUCCACGGCCUGGUCACCUAUACCCUCAACACCUACCUCCCGCUCUUCUACCAAGCCGCCUUCUACGAAACUCCCCUGCACGCCUCCGUUACUCUGCUCCCCAUGAAUGUCAUGUCCCUGUUCUUCAGCUGCGUCUCGCCAAUCUCCGUCAGUUACCUCCGCAAAUACCGCGUGAACAUCUGGACGGGCUGGGUGUUCCUCACGGUCGGGACUGGACUCCUUCACAUCAUCACCCCCGCCUCAUCCGUGCCCUUCCGUACGGGCCUCCCCAUCGUGGUCUCCCUGGGAAUCGGCGUUCUCUUUACUGUACUUGUUCUUCCGGUGCAAGCCAGCGUUGCCAGCGUCGACGACACGGGGUUUGCCGUCGGCUUAUUGGUCUUUUUCCGAUUACUGGGCGGGUUAGUCGGUCUUGCGAUCGGGUCGACAGUGUUUAGCAGCGUUUUUGAAAAGUCGAUUAAGGCGCUGGGAACCCUGCCUAGCACCCUGGCCGCGCUGGAGAAUAGUCAAGCCGCGGUAGGGUUUAUUCCUCAGUUGAGGGAUCUGAGGGGACAGGUGGGGAAGGAGGUCUUGGACCAGGUGACAGGCGUGUAUAGUCAUUCGUUCCACGUUAUUUGGAUUGUGUUGAUUGUCUUUGCGGGGGUGGGAUUAGUGGCGUCAUGUUUUACGAAGGAGGUGAGUAUGGAGAAGGAGGAGCUGGGCAGGCAGCGAUGGCAAUUGUCUAAUGCAUGGGCAUCUCACUUGCAUCUGGCCAUCUCCACCCCCACCCCGACCCCGACCCCGACUCCGCAAGUUCGCGAGUCCGUCACCAAAAGUCUCCCCUCCCCUCCUCACUCCGACCUUUUCAUCCCACACACGCACACCAUGUCGCUACUGCGCUCUAACGGGGUGCUCAGUUCCUGCGAACCAUGCCGUAAAUCCAAGAUCCGAUGCGACCACGCCUCCCCUUGCGGCCGAUGCCGGCGCAGACGCAAGCCGGCCCUGUGCGUGUACCAACCGGCCCCGAUGUCCAAGCAUCCGAACAGGAUGGAUCGCAGCUCCACCGACUCCAUCUCGUGCGGAAGUGGCAGCAACAUUACUACCAAUACCAGUAUCAGCAGUGCCUGGACGAGCCCGCUGCCUCCUCCCUCGCUAGUCACUCCGCCGUUGCCUCCGGGCCAUCUCCGCGACGGCUACCUCGCCGAUUGUAGUCACCGCAGCACCUCGACCCCCAGCACUGGCGUCUUCGGGCCCACCAGCUACCUGUCCGUGCUGCGCGACGACGUUGACGAUGGCUCGUCCAGUAUAGCCCUCUUUGCUAAAUCCCUGCAGCAGAACACCAGCGCCAUCAUCGACGACAGCCAGAUCCAGCUUGGCGCCGAGCUGCUCCUCAUCCUGCUCGAUGAUUUUGCUUUAUACGAACACAUGGCCACGGCGCGGUUCGACCACUGCCAAGGCGAUUUAUUUCCCCCAUCUGCCCUGCGUCUGAUCCUGUCUUCCAUCCGAACUAUGCUGCACGAGGCCAUUUCCGAUCCCGCUAAUCCGCUCCCUUCUCUACUUAUCCUCUCCCGAAGCAUUUUUACUGCCUCCUCCAAACCAUUAAUCGUAGACCCUGCCAUUACCCCUACGGAAUAUUUUUCCUCUAUGCCGAACCGCUGGGAGAUUAUAGGGCUAGUCUUUGCGGUGAUUGGUUCCAGCGCGUGUCUCCUCCCGCAACACGAUCUGGCUGCGUAUUCCCCACCGAACCGUCCCCCACUUGACAAAGGGGGUCUUGCAGCUGUCUGUGUGUCCGCGAGUGAAAUCUGUCUUCGUUUUUUCGACUACACCGGUGUCAUUUCUGAACAGCUGUGUUGGGCGACGCUGGAACAUGCUUCGCUUCUUACCCUGCUCUAUGGGGAUUACGACUACCGUCCCUACAAGACCCUCUCUGCACUCAUAACCCUUCUCUUCACCCUGGGCUACCACCACCGCGAUGCCACAUCAAAACUCCCUUUCUUCCGCGCGGAACACCGCAAACGCCUCGUCGUCGCCGCCUACGCCAUGGACAAAGGGCUCUCCACAUUCUUAGGUCGUCCACCCCGCAUGAUCCGUCGGUAUAUUACCGUCGACCCGCCAUUGGACAUAGCCUUCGCAGAUAUCAUAGCCUCGCCAGAAGUUCUCGACGCCACGAUGACACGCCUGGAUAAUAAUGGCUGGAACGCAGAGGGGGCGUAUACACGGGGAUCAUACGCGAGGGCAUGCUUCAUGAUGGGGGUUGUAAGAGAGGCAGUACUAGAGAUUUCUCUGGGUUCGAAUAUCGGGGAAGGAGAGGGGUCAGGGUUGGAGGAGAAAAUUAUAGAGAUAUCCACCCUCGCCGCAAAAAAGCGUCUUUCGCUCCCCUCAUCGCUGUACCGUGUCAGCACGCCAUCGGACUUCGACCGUUGCCCCGAAACUGCCAAAGUUUGCCUCUUCGUGCACAUGGACUCACUUUAUAAUGAGUUCAUUCUCCAGCGGAUCUUAGUCCAGCGAACGGGCGCCAGCACAGAGAAAUUGAUUGCUGUCGCGCACGAGCUGCUGGACAAUUUGUUGUUGUUGGUUGCCAACCGCGCUGUCGGUGGGGGGGAUGGAAAUUCUGUUGUUUGGAUUAUCUCCUCACUCGGCCUACCCCCCGCCGGUGUCCUGGCUGUUGAACUGCUGCAUCGAUCUCAGAACCCCAAUUCUAGUUUCCAGUCAGCAGGGGAGUUUUGUCGCUCGGAAAUCAUCCAAAACCUGAGCCGCUUUGCUGCAGAUCUUGAGUAUGUGGUGUCCAGGCAGGCGGGGAACUAUGAUGUUUGCCAGCAGGCGAAGUCCGUGAUUAGGCAUAUCCUUAAUCGGGUUUUGGGGGGAAGAGUGCCAGUUGUGGAGGCGGGGGAGGUGGUGGAGGGUGAAAAUGGUAGUGGAAACAACAGGCGAGAUGCGCUAGGGGAAGGGACUGGGCCCGGAUUUGGGGCACGAGAUUGGAUAUCAUGGGAUUUUAAUGCCUGGAUGGAUGAGGAUUCGGAUUUGGUCAGGUGGUUAAAUAGUUUCGAGUAG